AAGAGACGGACUGGGGUGUGUGAGCCACAUCUGGAAUAGUAGCUACAGAGGAAGAGCCGAGAGGAGCAGAAAGUCGCGGAUACUUUCCCCAAACUCUUCACUUCAGCACUCCCUUUUCACGGAAUCAAACCUCCUGCUUUGCUUCGCCUUUUUUAUCUACUUGAGAAAAUGCUGCUCAUCUUACUUGGAGUGCUCAUCCUGCACCUCAUCAUCCUCAUUCUCCUUAUUGUGUCCACAGCAGCCAGUGCAUGGACUGUAGGUGGGGACAGGAGCUCAGAUCUGUGGUACAAUUGCAUGACAACCAAUGGAGGCUACCACUGCAAACCUGCAAGCAAUGAAGACUGGAUCCAGGCGGUUCAAGCCCUCAUGAUCCUCUCCUUGCUCUUCUGCUUCUUCUCCCUCAUCGCCUUCGUGUAUCAGCUGUUCAAACUCGUGAAGGGCGGACGCUUCUUCUUCACAGCCAUCUUCCAGAUCUUGGCGAGCGUGUUCGUGAUGUGCGGGGCGAUCAUCUACACUGUGAUGAGUCCAGAUGAUGGAUCCGGGGCACAGUUUGGUUACGCCUAUGUGCUGGCUUGGGUGGCUUUCCCUCUCUGUCUCAUCAGCGGCCUCAUUUAUAUCGUGCUGAGGAAGAAAGAAUGAGAGGCAGAGCAGAGGAGGAAAAGAGGAGGGGGAAGUUAGGAGUACCCCUUUGAACAACAUCGCACUGUGCCUACUGCCCACAGACCAAAGACUGACAUCCCAUCGACACAACAAAAGUGCAUGUGCCACUAAUCAUUUUAAACACCGAAUGGAGGCGUUUAACUCUGCUGGGGAUUCCUUCUUAGUCCUUUUUACCCUUUUUGUCUCCAUCACAUGCUGAAAAAUAACAGCUACUUUCUUUGUGAAUACUGCCAAACUUUCUCAUGUGUUUAGAAAUACGUUGGUGACAUGUCGACUUUUGUUGCAACCCUCCCGACUUCCACAAAUCCAUCAUGUGUGAUAUCAACGAUGAACAAUCCUGCCUUUCUUCAGUACAAAGAUGUACAUAGUGUCUGUGGUUUUUAGACAUAUUUAUAACAUUUUUACAUACAUUUUGUACAUAGUGUUGUCAAGUUAACAUUGUCAUGCUCAUUUUAGAGUUUUUGUGUCUCUCACAAAUCAUGCAGCUGUGCCAAAGAGAUGUCGCUUCAUAUGCCAGAGUAUCAAGCUUUUCUAAAUGUUGUCUUCUUUGUGGUGUCAGAUGCUUUGAACCGUGUCGUGCCUUACUAAGAAUACCGUCUUGAAGGAAAUGAGAACAUCCUCAGAAAUUAAAAGAGAAUACAAAAAAGAAGUGUCAAUGAAGUUUUUUUUCCUCUCUCUGAAUAUUCUUUGUACUUGAUAAGCCAAAUAAAAUGUUUUGAAUUUUGUAAUCUAGUUUUGAAAAAUGGUGCUUUUUUAUCUACUAUUCUUGAAAUGUAUAGCCUUCUUUGUGUUGUGAGUGCUCUGUGAUUAAUUUGCUUUGUACAAACCCACGUUUGCAUUUUUGUCAGUAUUCUUCUAAAUAAACCCUCUGAAAAGAA